UCGCGUCACACGUCGGUCGCAGUCGAGAGGGAGCGCGCGACAGAGUCGGUAUCGAUCUGAGCGGUCGCGGAACGAGUCGCCACUCGCCACUACAGUCGCGUAGCCCGCUGCCUGCGCCCGCCUGCGCCGGCCUCGCGUAGUCGCGCGCGUAUCAUGUACGCUGAGCAUUGAUAACGCGGCACACGCACCGACUGCAAGUGCACUCCGGACCUCGCGUAGCUCGCACGCGUCUCUCGCCCGCGCCGCACCGCUCCGACUUCGUCGCCAAGAUGGGUUGCUUCGUCAGCAAAGACAAACUCACCAAAGAGGACAUGGACUUCCUCAAGACUCACACCUCCUACGACGAGACCACCAUCAAGGAAUGGUACAAGGGAUUUAAGCAAGAUUGCCCCAACGGUAGGCUGACGCCGGCCAAGUUCGUGGACAUGUACAAGAUGUUCUUCCCGUCGGGCAACGCCGUCGAGUUCUGCGACCACGUGUUCCGUACAUUCGACAUGGACAAAAACGGCUACAUCGAUUUCAAGGAGUUCCUACAGGCGAUCCAUGUGACGUCCAGCGGCACCCCCGAGGAGAAGCUCAAGUGGGCUUUCCGCAUGUACGACGUCGACGGGAACGGGGUGAUCGACAUACAAGAGAUGACCAAAAUUGUGCAGGCAAUUUAUGACAUGCUCGGCGCAUGCUCGAGCAACCGGCCGGCCGAUUCGGCCGAGGAGCGCGCCAAAAAUAUUUUUGCGAAAAUGGAUGAAAACAACGACGGUCAGCUGACUCAGGAGGAAUUUCUCAAGGGCUGCCUUCAGGACGAGGAACUCUCCAAAAUGCUCGCCCCUUAAAUCCCUCCCUACGCUCAUCGUCGCAUCCUCCUUAUACGUUUUAUAUACCUCAAGAUGACCCGACGGCGCAUCUCCCCUACACCGUGAAGUGUCAAUUCAUUUUUUUACUACCUUCGCUUUCGCUACCUCAGUUACAUAAUAAUUUAAGGUCGGACGAAGUAAUCGAUAAAACCGGCCGGCGUUUUUUUUAACUGGACCGAUUUCGCUCCAGCGUUUUAUAUUUCGUCUCGUAUCGGCUGCGAAGCGGCUGGCGCUCCGGAGAUAUUUCCGUGGGCCGAUAGCGUUAUCGGAGAUAGACGCACCGCGGUUUAUUUAACGGUGUGAUAACUGAUAACUCACGCUGAGUUUACGCACACGCCGCGUGAACUGCGAACUGUACGAUCGAAAUCACCCGGUCGGUUCGGAGCGCAGAGCCGCAUCGACGAUGCCGAUCUCGUUCUAGAACAUCGCGUCCGAUACUUACAGUACCGUGGAACGUUCUAGCCGCUCUACGGCCGGCGUCCCCCUCGAUGAUGAGAACCGAAUUCCGUUUUGUAUUCCGCUGUCGGAUCGUCCUUAACGAUUAAGUAUCGAGUCCGAACCAUAAGUUUUAGACGAUCACUCCCUAAGAUGACCUGCCGAAAUAGCACCAUCCCAAUUCGAAUAAAAUUUUAAUUGACUUAAUGCACAAGACAAAGUCAAUAUUGAUUUACUAUUAAAUUAUAACUAGGUGUAAGUAUUCGAACGGAUUCCGCAUGAUCGUCGUCGUUCGAAUAGCCGCGUUCUCGAUCGCGACGGGUGACGGUCUCGCCGCGCCCGCGAAUCGAGUGGAAGUACGUAAGACUAUUUAAAUUCAUUACAUUUUACAUUAAUAGCAUAAAUUGUCAUUGAAUAUCGAUAUCGGUGUCGUGAUCAUUCUCGGUGUUAACUCUUCGUAGCUAGGAGACUCGGCUCGCUCCCCUCGUGUGUCCGCUUCCCUCGUCCGCCGCGUUCUGUCCCUCCGUCUGUUCUCUCCGUCUCCGUCGCCGUGCUCGGUUCGCUUUCCGCCUCAUCAUUUAUAUUUCCCCACUAUACUGUGCCUUCUAGUACUGUGUAAAUAGCUUCCUUGUCUCGCAUUUGAGCUCUUUUAUUGUGCCGAUUCGCUUAUUUAUAGUAUUUGCAUUUAUGGCGAAGCUGCACGAACUUUCCAAAAUUAUAGUUAGUGAUAAGUUAGUGUGUCUCAGUCCCAUAUCUUUUAGAUUGUAUAUAUUUUGUUAGCAGUUAAGGUCGUACACUCGUUUAUUUAAUUGUAACGAUAUCCAUGAUAUUUUGUGCUCGGUCACAAGGCAGUGUCGAUACUAAUUUUUUGAUCAUUUAUCGUACCUAUGUACCCUACGAGCUUAGAAAGCACAACCUUUUGAUACGAGACAUGCUAUUUUAAUAGCUGCCGAUACUUUUAUUUUGUCAUUUUCGAUUCAGAGUUGACAUUAACGCACAAGAAAAAUAUAUUUUACUCAAAGUAUUUUGUAAACAUUCCAUGUACUUAAUUAUAUUAAUUUAAAUGUGUUCUUGUGAAUUAGCGCGGGCGUGCUGUUUGUCUAUACAUCUUUGAGAUAGUUUUCGUUAUUUUUCACUCUCUUGUCGCCAUAAGCACAAAAUACAUCUAAAACUUUAUUCUAAAGUCUUGCAAAAGAAUCGUUUAUCGAUUUACACUUGUAUUAGAAAGUACAAAUUCAUUUGAAUGUAGUAAUUUUAUGUCAUUCAAACACAGUUUUUGACACUAAGUUCCAAUUUUUACCGACUUCCAAAAAGGUUAUACGUUCGGCUGUAUGUAUCUUUUUUUUUAUAUAUAAACGCUUGUUAGUGUUGACCGUUGGUUAAAAUAAUUUUUAUUAUGUUUUUCAACG